AUGCCGCAUACUCCUAAAAAGGCGGCUUUUUCACCGUUGACCGUUAGUCCGAAAAAAGAUGAUGAUAAGAGAGCAACUGGUUUUAGUGUAGAGUUAAUGCGAGCAGUGUUAACUAAUGAUGAAGAUGGUGUAUUGAACUUGAUAGAUGAAGAUGUAGAUGUGAACGGAUUGGAUGAUAAAGGAUCAUCAGCACUGCACGUGGCCGCUUUCUUUGGCUAUGAAUCCAUUUUGAUCUCGCUGAUUGACGCUGGUGCUCGAAUUGGUGCACGUGACAAUUUAUGGGUCACGCCGCUUCACAGAGCAUGUAUCAGAAAUAAUUAUUCAGUGGUGUUAGCUCUGCUUGAAAGAGGUGCAAGUCCUCGCGCACAGUGCAAACGUUUUAUGACACCUUUGCAUUUAGCCGCACAAAAUAAUGCCAUCAAAAGUGGUGAAAUACUCAUCGCAUAUGCACCUGAUGUGAUUGGUCAGUCGUUGCUUUUGAAAUUAAUUGCUUAUUUGAGAUGA